UUUCACCCAAUCCCCGUCCCCAAAACCCUCUCUCCUCUUAUCCACACCACACUCCGUGACCGAAGCGAGAGAGAGAGAGAGAGAGAGAGAGAGAGAGGGAGCUCACCUCCGUCGCCAUGGCCAUGGCUUGCGCGUUCUCCUCCAUCGUCUCCUCCUCCAACCCAAGAACCCUCUCCUCCAACUCCUCUCCCAUGGCGUCGCUCCCCCCCGCUCCCGUGUCCGUUCCCAAAACCCUAGCAGUUCCGAGGAGCUUCCACGGCCUUCGGAAGGGUUUCCACCCGCGCCCUGCUCCAUCGGUCUCCGCUCCGAGAUCGGCGAAGAGAAGCUUCGUCGUGAAUGCUUUGAACGGGAGUGAUUUGCCAUUGGUUGGAAAUAAAGCACCAGAUUUCGAGGCGGAAGCAGUUUUCGAUCAGGAAUUCAUCAAGGUCAAACUCUCGGAUUAUAUCGGGAAGAAAUAUGUGAUUUUGUUUUUCUACCCACUGGACUUCACAUUUGUUUGCCCUACAGAGAUUACUGCUUUCAGUGACCGGUAUGCAGAAUUUGAGAAGGUUAACACAGAAAUUCUGGGCGUUUCAAUUGACAGUGUGUUCUCCCACCUUUCUUGGGUUCAAACUGAUAGGAAGUCAGGGGGCCUCGGAGAUCUGAAGUAUCCCCUGAUUUCUGACUUGACAAAAUCAAUUUCAAAAUCUUAUGGUGUCUUGAUUCCUGAUCAGGGUAUAGCAUUGCGAGGAUUGUUUGUCAUUGAUAAGGAAGGAGUGAUUCAGCACUCUACUAUCAACAAUCUCGCCAUUGGUCGUAGCGUCGAUGAAACCAUGAGGACUCUUCAGGCAUUACAGUAUGUCCAGGAGAACCCAGAUGAGGUUUGCCCUGCAGGAUGGAAGCCCGGGGACAAGUCGAUGAAGCCGGACCCGAAACUCAGUAAGGAGUACUUUGCGGCUAUUUAGGUUUGAAAAGCAAAAUUGGCGAUUGUUGUAUUGUUUGUUAGAGGUACAAAGGAGUUAUUUAUCAACCUGCGAUGUGUCCCAUCCUUUAUGAGUCUGGUAAAUGUGCAUCAGUAUCUUGAACAUUUCCUCCGACAACUCUCUGUUUUUUUUUUUGAAUAAUAAAAGAUUAGUUUUUACUCUUUAGGUUGUUA